CUCUCUCUCUCUCUCUCUCUCUCUCUCUCUCUCUCUCAAACACAGUGUUCAUCAAUGGCGACGAGUCUAUGCAUCAUCUUCUGCAUUCUCUUCAUAUCUUCAUCAUCUGCUCUUGAUGAGAAAAACGUCACUAAAAACCCAGCCGACGAGCUAGUAGCCAUAGUGAACAUAAAUAGAACAUCCCACAAAUCAUCCUCCCUCACCAACAACCUCGGCCUCGCAUGCAUAGCUCUCCAAUACAUCAAAGCCUACCAAGGAAAAUGCGAUGAAGUCGGUGGGCCCAACGCCAAAAAACCCGCCGAAUCUGAAUUCCCCGAUACCUUCGCCCCCAACUGCGGAGUCGAAGUGGCCACACUCGCCCCCAUCACAGGCCGUGUGCUCGGGUGCCAAUCAAAAUACAUCAAACCCGAUAAAGCGUUCACACAAAUACUAACGAUGAAGAGCACAAGUUUGAAUAUAAUCUACAACACCACCCACACCGAGAUCGGGGCGGCAGUCAACGGCUCAGAUGGCGGUGGUCCGUAUUUCUAG